AUGAAAUUGUGUUUUCCUUCUGAUGAUCUCAAUAUUGACGUCGUUAUAGGCCAUGGUCAGAAGCUCGGAGUACCAGCCCAGGUCAUAGCAGAACAGCGCAAAUGCAAACGAGUUCAUAUAGUACACACUGCCAGUGAAGAGCUUGCAAUGUUUAAGGAAGGCGAAACAGCGAUUCCUGAAGGCGAGGAAAAACAACGAACUGAAAUAGAUUUGUGUAAGGAAGCUGAUUUGGUCGUGGCCGUUGGACCAAAGCUAAAGGAAGCUGUCUCAGCCAAACUUCGGUUGUACGGUAGAGAUGAAGAUGUGAUAAAUAUCACACCUGGAAUUUUUUCGGAGUUCGCAGAGUCGGAGCAAGCCAGUCAGGAGAGAGAAGAGUUCCGCAUCUUAGUGUUUGGUCGGGGUGACUCGAAAGAUUUUAAACUAAAGGGUUACGAUAUAGCUGCUAAAGCUAUAGCAGGCUUAAAGGACAAAACCUACCUUCUAAAAUUUGUCGGGGCACCAAAUGGGAAAGAAAAAGAGGUAACAGACGAAUUUUUGAAAUGUGGCAUUCCUUCUUCUCAGCUAAUUGUGCAGGGCUUUGUUAAGAGUCGCGACACACUUAAGCCUUUCUUUUUCGAGGCGGAUCUCGCUGUUAUGCCGUCUCGAACGGAAGGCUUUGGCCUCACUGCUCUUGAAGCACUUUCCACUGGACUUCCGAUUUUGGUGAGCGAAAAUUCGGGAAUCGGAAAAGCUAUUAAAACUAUUCCUUUUGGAAGGGCAUUUUUGGUUGAUUCUGACAAUGCCGAAGAAUGGGGCAAAGCUAUUAGUCGCGUGAGGGAAACACCAAGGGAAAUCCGGCUAAAGGAAGCUUGCUCUCUCCGAGAGGCCUACGACAAAAAGUACAAG